AUGUCGGGCUACGACUACGACCCUCCCCGCCGGCAGCGAAGCACCCGGGAGCAGCAGUACUAUCGCGACGACAGAUAUGCUGAACCUCAAGACCCCUACCUGAGGGUUCAGUCCACUCGCGAUCUUGUGCCAAGGGGCCGAGAAGAUAGCGAUCUGUCGGUGGAGGAGAUCCGCAGAGACUUCCCUCCACCCGGGUAUGGCGGGCGCGACGUCCGGAGGGCUCGGUCUGCAGAGCCUUACGACUAUGACGAUGAUGUGCGCUCGGUCUAUACCCGCAGGAGCCGCGAUGACUACUAUGACCGCGACUACGAUCGCCGCCCACGGAAGAAGGCUGAGAGUGUCUACAUCGAGGAGGAGGAGAUGAAGCGCAAGCGUAUCCUGAGCCAGCAGGAGAAGAUCAUCGCCGCCGUCGCUGGCGCUGCAGUUGCUCUCGGUGGCAAGGAAGUUUACGACCGCCGCGAGGCAGACCAAGACGGCACUGACGUCCAUCGCAACUUGAUCUCCUCGGCAGCCUUGGGCGCUGCCGGCGCUUUCGCUGCUUACCAGGGCGCCGACUUCUACAACAAGCGCGCCGACAAGAACGAGAAGAAGUCUACCCACAUCGUCCACAAGGGACGUGACGGCAAAGUCACCGAAUACUACUCCGACGAUGAGGAGGAAAAGCACAAGAAAGGCCACAAGAACUUCCUGGAGGCCGCCCUCGGAGCUGCUGGCCUUGGCACAGCCCUCAAGGCUCUCACCGGCGGUGGUGGCCAUGACGAGAAGCAUGGAGACCGAGACCGAGACCGAGAUAGGGACUCGAGGUCCGACACCAGGAGCCGCCGCGGGAGCCGCGAAAGAUCUCCCUCCAAGGGCGGCCCUGGCAGCAAGAUUCAAAAAGCUGCCAUGGCAUCCCUCAUCGCCGGAGCCACCGAAGCUUUCCGCGUCUCCAAGGAGCCUGGCGCGUGGAAGGGCGAGAAGGCCAAACGAGUCCUCACAGCUGCUGCUGGUGCCGCGACUAUCGAUGCUGCGCAGAAGCCCGGAAAGGAUGGCAGCAAGCUUGGCCUGGCCGAAUCCGUCAUCGGUGGUCUUAUUGGCAACCGCAUGAUCAACGGAUCCAAGAAAGAGAUCAUCGAAGACAAGGCCACGGGUCGGAGCCGAUCACGCUCUCGUGCCAGGUCUGAAAGCAGCAAGGGAGGCGGCGGCGGCGGCGGUAUGGGCCUCGCCGCGCUGGCCACUGCUGGUCUGGGUGCUAUUGGUGCCAAGAAGGCUGUCGACAAUAUCCGUGACGAGCGAUCGCGCUCCCGUCGCCGGGACGACUCUCGCGACUCCUACGACAGCCGAGACGAGUCUCCCAGGAGACGCACCCGUAGCCGUAGCCGCAGUGUCGUCGACAAGGCGCGCAAGGGCUUGGCAAGGAUUGGUUUGGGUAAGGGCGAGGAUGAUAGCGAAUACGGCUCCCCUCGAGGUUCACGCCGAGGGGGCCGCUACGAUGAUGAAUAUGAUUCUCGGGAUGGACGCUAUCGCGAUGAUUAUGAUGAUGAUCGAUCUUACCGGGCUCGCAGCCGGUCAAGAGGAGGGGCUCCGUCCCGAAGUCGGGCGUCCUCUCGAGGAUCGGUAUCCAGCUCGGAUCUGGGGGACUCGGAUGAGGAUGAAAAGAGGGCAAAGAAGAUGCGAGGUAAGCAAAUCAUCACCACUGGCCUGGCGGCCGUGGCCACCAUUCAUGCAGCACACAACGUGUACCAGAGCAUGGAGAAGCGAAAUGCACGGCACAAGGCGGUCAAGGAGGGUCGUCUCAGCCCGGAGGAAGCCCGUAAACUCAAGUCAAAGGCGCUGCUGCAAGACGCUGCGUCGGUUGGUAUUGCCGCGUUGGGUCUCAAGGGAGCUGUGUCCGAGCUCAAGGAAGCCCGAGAGAUGAGCCACGAAGUGACGGAAUGGAAGCACCAGAAAGAAGAGCGACAUCAGCGCCGAAUGCAGCGUUUGGCGCGCCAGUCGAAGCAGCAGAAGCAGAUCGGAUACUCCAGCGACGACGAAUAUGACGACUACGACGACCGGGCCACACAGUACAGCGGAAGAUCCAGGGCUGACAGAUAUUCUUCGUCAGUUCCUCCACCACGGGUCGGCAGGUAUGACGACGGACCCCAUUACUCUGAUGGGAAUCCUUACUCUGCCCUGCCUGCACCUCCUGCUGGCUACAGCAGCAGAAGAUGA